ACCUUCACUGUCAGAAGAGCAGACUGUGCAUGCAAUAACGUUGAUGAAACAAGUGGUGCUGGAAAAUUAAACUAAUAAAACUCCACAAGAAAACCCCUCACAAAGGAACAGAUUCCUCUGGAAAAGUGACAUUAUUUCGGACUUGAAGCGGAUUGUAAAAACUGAAGACAGUGUGAACCCAAAGUCAAGGUUUAAGAUCCCCUCCCAAAAAAGGAUUUUACUCUUGCGUGGAGCUUGAUUUGAAUUUCAGAGUGUGUUUUGUCCUCCUCUUGAGGGGGAGGCAAAGCCGUGGCGUCUGCGGGAAUGAAGUACAGCUACCAGUACCCGGUGUCACAGUACACACGCUCCAACACACACUACACUCCCACUCAUUACACACCGUCACACUACUCCAGCAGCUCCUACUCACCCGGACACUACAGUUCCACAAAGUACAGCCCUACUACACACCACACGCCAUCAUACUACACUCCACCGGCUUACACACCUGCCUACAAGCCCACCUCCACUUACACCCCUGUCUAUAGCAAGGUAUCCCGGCAGAGCAGCUCACCCCGGACAAGUGUAACAGUACAGCAUACUCCCACCGUCACCCUCAAACCAGCACGGGCCGUGCGCUUUACAAACGAUGUCGUAUUCCAGGAUUUAGUCCGGCACAGUGAGCUGGAACAGAUCGGGCGGUUUAUGAGGGCGAGAAAAGUGCGUCUGGACACCAUCUUCCAUUCUGGAAUGGCAGCGCUCCAUGAAGCCGUGCUCUCAGGAAACCUGGAGUGUGUGAAGCUCCUGAUAAAGUACGGAGCUGACGUUCAUCAAAGGGAUGAGAACGGCUGGACUCCACUGCAUAUGGCCUGCAGCGACGGUUAUCCUGAGAUUGCACGGUACCUUCUCUCUCUGGGUGCCAGUACGGAGGCAGAGAAUGAAAAUGGAGAGAAACCGGCAGACCUCAUCGACCCAGACUGCAAGGAACUGCUCAAGCUCUUCGAGACAGGCUGUGUCUGAGUGCUGACCCAUGGAAGAACUUGCUAGUUAAAGCUAGCUUUCGAAAAAACAUUCAGAUCACUCUCCUGAGCUUCGCAUUUUGUGUGGUUCUCCUGAAUAUUCUUUAUCUUUUUGUUUGUUGGUUUCUUUUUUUUUUUUU